AUGGGAGGAUCUCGUCCGGCGUGGCUGUCGUCAUUGACGCAGCAUAGGUCGAAGCCGCCUAUGUUCUUAAAAAUCAGAUCUUCAGAACCGUUCAUCAUAUGCACCAUUACUUUGGCUAUUUUUACUGAUAUGUUCUUGUACUCGAGCAUCGUACCCGUCAUACCGUUUGCGCUGCAAAGUAGAGUUGGUAUUGGCCUUGAUAACGUCCAAAGCUGGGUCUCUAUCCUCAUCGCUGUAUACGGAGGAGCACUACUAGCAUUCUGCCCAAUUUGUGGCUGGCUGGCCGACCAAUCCUCCUCCCGCCGCUUGCCUCUGCUCCUGGGUCUCCUCGCCCUUCUCGGUGCAACUGUGAUGCUGAACGUCGGUUCAAGUGUCAGUGUCCUCGUGGUAGCCAGGGUGCUUCAAGGCGCGUCUGCCGCCGUUGUCUGGGUUGUUGGUCUCGCACUCUUGGCCGAUACUGUACCAUAUCGCUCUAUUAGUCAAGCGAUGGGAUGGGUAGGCCUUGGCAUGAGCCUGGGUCUCCUCGUCGGUCCCCUCCUCGGCGGGGUCGUCUUCGCGCGUGCCGGCUACAAUGCCGUCUUCGGCAUGUCAUAUGCCAUUAUUGGAUUGGAUAUCAUUCUACGACUGGCGCUCAUCGAGAAAAAAGUUGCUGUGCGGUGGGAUCCAGACGUCGAAGAUGUUACAGGCCAUACCGGAACUGCGAGUCUUAGGCAGGGCGUACACGAAGAAGAAAGGGACCCCGGAUCCUCCAUCGACUUCGAAAAGGCCUCGUCGCCAUCUGCCUCGUCGCCAUUCCGUGACUCAGAGAAGAACAUCGAGAAAGGAACGGAAAAGAAAGCCUCAACAGCUUCGCUCCAGCCACCAUCCCCAAUGACAACCACAUUCCUUCCUCCUCCACCCAUCGCAUCCCCCAAACGGCCCCUGCGAGAACGCCUACCCCCUCUCUUCUCCCUCCUCUACUCCCGUCGCCUUCUAGCCGCCUUAUGGGGUGCUUUCGUCCAGUCCACGCUAAUGACCGCUUUCGACUCUGUCCUAGCUCUCCAAGCUGCCAAAAUCUUCCACUUCAACUCUACAGGCGCCGGCCUCCUCUUCCUCCCCAUCGUACUCCCUACUUUCUUCGCACCGUUAAUAGGUUACCUCUGCGACCGCUACCACCCCCGCUACCCCGCCACCCUCGGUUUCCUCCUCGCCUGCCCCCCCUACGUGUGCCUCCGCUACAUCGACCACAAUACGCUGGGCGACAAAGUCCUCUUCUGCGCGCUGCUGGCCUGCAUCGGGGUGAGCUUGGCGCUAACGUUCCCGCCCUUCAUGGCCGAGAUCACGCUCGUCGUGGAAGCGAAGGAGCGCGCGCAGCUUGCGCAGGGGAAGCCCGGGUUCGGGACGCAAGGCGCGUACGCGCAGGCGUAUGGGCUGUUCAACAUGGCGUUUGCGGCGGGCUGUCUGGUGGGGCCGGUGUGGGCGGGGUUCGUGCGGGAGGGGCCGGGGUGGGCGACGAUGGGGUGGUCGUUGGGGCUGUUGAGUGCGGUCACGGCCGUGCCGACUUUUUUGUGGAUGGGGGGGUGGGUUGGGAGGAAGAGGGCAGAAGAGGGCGGGCUUGGGGGUGAAGGGGCGGUGUGA